AUGUCACUCCUCACCCGCCUUACCCACCGCGCAACAGGCACAAUCGCCCACCUAACAAUCUCUCGACCCACGAAACUAAACGCCCUCAACACGCCCCUCCUCACCCAGCUCCCCCAAGCAAUCCAUUCCCUAACCUCCCAAAACAAUGACCUCCUCUGCAUAAUCCUAACCGGCGCCGGACCAAAGGCCUUCAUCGGCGGCGCGGAUAUCGCCGAAAUGGCAUUCCUGGAUUCACCUGCCUCGGCGCGGAGCUUUAUAUCCAAGGUAUCCGAGGCUUGUAGGAGUAUCCGUGAGUGUGCCGUGCCUGUUAUUGGGAGGGUGAAUGGAUAUGCGCUUGGGGCCGGGUUGGAAGUGGCUGUUUCGUGUGAUGUGAGGGUUGCGAGUCGGGGGGCGGUUUUUGGGAUGCCCGAGGUUCGAGUUGGAAUCCCGAGUGUCGUUGAAGCAGCUCUUCUCCCUGGGUUGAUUGGAUGGGGUCGGACACGGCAAAUGCUUCUCCUAGGAGAGAAUAUCACCGCCGAUGAAGCUUUCAGAUGGGGUCUUGUUGAGAAGGUCGUUGAGCCGGAGGCUUUGGAUGAUGCUGUGGAGGAGUGGGUGUGUCAGUUAGAGAAGAAUGGGCCUUUGGCUGUGCGUCGGCAGAAGGCUCUUAUGCGGACGUGGGAAACUGUUUCUUUGGAUGAGGCGAUUCAAGCUGGUGUGACGGCGUUUGGGGAGUCGUUUGAGGGGAGAGAGGGUGAGGUCACGGAGCCGGCGAGGAUGCUUGGUGCUUUCUUCAAGGGGAAGGCGAAGAUUUGA